UAAUCAUGUGAAUUUACAAAGGACUUAAGUAUUAAUAAAGUAUUAUUUGGGUAAAUGUAAUAAUGUUUGUUAAAAGCAUAUUGUUAUAAGGAGAGUGUUGCCAAUACACAUACAGAUUUGUCAAACAUCAUAACAUGAAGUAAUCAGAGCUAAAGCAGUUCAGUGGUUUAGUGUGGGAAUGUAACUUCCAGCCAAUCAGAAUUCCGGGGACCUCCCCUGUCCUACUUGAACUCAAGCUAUAAAUAAAAUCCCCAUGGAUUGAGAAAGCAUCACUGUCAUUGGAGGGGAAAAAACCCCACUAAAAUGCUGGAUUCACUGACAUUUCUAUUUGAGAAAUUAUUUAUUUUCUCAAACUUGAAUCUUUUUAAAAGUCUAUGGCAGGAGGAGGAGGAGGAGGAGUGUGCGGUGAGAUGUCCAGCGCUCCGGAGGGGAGAUCUGCUGGAGGUGCAGCGCACUCUCUUCGUUCAUUAUGGCAUCUAUCUGGGCGAGAACAGAGUCGCGCACCUGAUGCCUGACAUCAUGCCUGUAUUAACCAACAACAAACAGCUCAUUCAAUCAGUCGUCACCAACAAAAGGCUCAUUUUAGGAUGCAUUUACAAAAACGCGAGUAUACGUGUAGAUUCGAUUGAAGAUUUCGCAUAUGGAGCUCCGGUUCUGGUGAACGAUAUGGAUAUGAAAAUGAAGUGUCAAGCACUGGCGAACGAGGACGUGGCGAGGAGAGCUGAGAGACUGAUCGGCGCCAUUCCAUACAGUUUAUUAUGGUAUAACUGCGAACAUUUCGUGACGUACUGCAGGUACGGGACACCUGUGAGCCAGCAGACAGAGAGGUUCUGCAACAGUUUGAAAAGCGUUAUUCGAGACCAGAGAAGUGUGGCUUUAAGUGUUGUGUUGGGAGUGAUGUACACCAUCUGCUUUGGCCUGGCACCUUCAACUACUCUGCCCACAUUCCUGAUACCCUUCACUCUGUGGAUGGCAGGCUGAAUGACAUUCCUUACACUGAAUCCCAACACGGCACAUCUCUUCCUUAAAGCGGGAUCAUGCAGUCAAACGGUGUUUGCAUUUUGCGUUUCUGAAGGUUGAAUGAUAGGCUCAAUCUUUUAAAUAAUUCAUGACAUGACUUUUGCAAUUGAGCCUCUUCAGUCAUAUAUUUGUACAGUUUAAAUCAUAUACCUACAAUUGUGACAUUUGCCGGCAUUUCUGUAACAUAAAGCGAACGACAGAACGCACGCAAGGUGCCUUUUGUGUGUUAAGCUGGUGUAACUUCAGCAGACGUGAUGCAUUGCAGAUAUGAAAUGAUUUAUGUGUACCUGUAGUUUUUAUUUGUAAGAUUGUGAAUUUGUACAGUAUAAAAUAUAUUUUAAUACAAUAAGUUUCAUGUGUUUUCUAAGAUGUAUAAUAAGGAAUAAACCAGAA